AUGGGAAAUUGCUGCGAAAAAGGAGGAGGCGCAAACCCUUCGGCCUUUCAAGGAGAGGGACAUCGCUUGGGAUCGGUAGAUGAUGCCAGACCCACUCCCACAACGCCUUUGACUGCUCACAAAGAUGCUGUACCAGAACCAGUGUAUGAUGACAAUCUGACACCAGAAGAACGAGAACGACAACGGGCUGCUAGAGCUGCUGCCGCCGAAAAACGCUUCAAGGACAAGGGUGGAACCAAGCCCAAGAAGAAGGACACCUCAGGACAACCACUACGAGGACCCAAUACACAAAACACCAUGCGAUGGAAUGCAGGUUGA